GUGGCCAUCAAGAAAAUGAGUCUCACAGGGCAGAACAGGCAAUGAGCUGUGAAUGAGAUACUGCUCCUGAAGGACAAGAAGAACCCCAACAUUGUCAACUUUCUGGACAGCUUCCUUGUUGGUGGAGAUCUCUGGCUGGUGAUGGAAUACAUGGAUGGAGGAACUUUGCAGGACGUUGUCAGACAGACACGCAUGGCUGAAGGAGAGAUGGCAGCUGUCAGUCGGGAGUGUCUGCAGGGCCUAGAUUUCCUCCAUUCCAGCCGGGUGAUCCACAGGGAUGUGAAGAGCUCCAACAUCCUCCUGGGGAUGGACGGCUCUGUCAGGCUGGCCGAUUUUGGCCUCUGCGCUCAGCUCAGCCCUGAGCAGGACCAGCGCAGCUCCAUGGUGGGCACUGCUCACUGGAUGGCCCCAGAAGUUGUGACCAGAUCUCCUUAUGGCCCCAAGGUGGACAUCUGGUCCUUCGGCAUCGUGACCAUCGAGAUGGUGGAAGGAGAACCUCCUUACUUCAGGGAAACGGCGGCCAUGGCUCGCGCUCUGAUCCGGCAGAACGGGACCCCGCAGCUGCAGGAGCCCAGGCGCCUGUCGGCUCUGCUGCGGGACUUCCUCGAGUGCAGCCUGGAGCCGGACGAGGAGCGGCGCUGGGCUGCCCAGGAGCUGCUGCAGCACCCAUUUUUAUCAUCAGCCAAGCCUCUCUGCAGCCUGACCCCUCUGAUCACUGCAGCCAAGCAACGGAGGGAGCAGCGGAGGAGAUGAAGCACUUGAGGACAG